AUGACUAUUCACACCGACGAUGGAGCUGAAUCGGCGAUGGAGACGGAUGGCGAAGCGUGGAAGGAAGUCGUUGGUAGGAAAACAACCUCAGCACCUCCCAAUGGUAGAACGGUGGGCCAACACAUACCUCUGAGAACAGGGGCCAAGCACAUGGCUAAGCCCCCGGCUGUCUUAGUCAAGUUGGCUGCUGGCUCGUCAUACGCAGACACCGUUCGCGCAAUUAGGCAGAACAAAGAGAUAAACUUAUCGGAGCUGGGAGGUCAGGUAACCGGCAUGCGUAAAACCAGGGAUGGUCAUCUGCUAGUCGAGCUGGACAAAGGUGCUGGAUCUGCAGUAGCAGCACAGAAGUUGUCGUCGGCCAUUGCUACCAGGCUGGGUGACGCUGUCUGA